ACUCAACCAUGAUCCAUCCAAAGAAGCUUGCUCAGCUGGCCAAGAAGUGCCAGCGGAUGUUGUCAGCCGGAGCCGGUGCCCACCGUCGGCAUGCUUCAGACAUGGCCGCCGACGAGUGCUGCAGCACAGUGUCAUCUGUGGUUGCCGAUGAGGGCCAUUGCGUGAUGUACACCGCCGAUGGAACCCGGUUCGAGGUCCCUCUGGCGUACCUCGGGACGACGGUCUUCGCCGAGCUCUUAAGGAUGUCUGCGGAGGAGUUUGGCUUCGCGAGCGGCAGUGACGGAGGCAGGAUCAUGCUGCCCUGUGAUGCCAGUGUGAUGGAAUAUGUCUUGUGCCUGGUCAGGAGAGAGGCUUCUGAGGAGGUCGAGAGGGCAUUCUUGAGCUCCAUUGUUGGGCACUGCCACAGCUACAAUGCUAGCUGCAUGGCACCAUCAGUAGGACUCGGCCAUCAAUUUGCUCUUUGUUCUUAGCUACUAGCUUAGCUUCUGAAAUAUUUUUAGUUAGGACUAAGAGGAGCUCUUUAGAGCCUCAUGUAAGAUUCAAUGAUCACAGUAAAUGAUAUAAAGAGACAAUUUUCUGGGAGAAA